AUGCAGUGCCACCAGGCACUACAACAAAGGGCUGUGCUCCGCAGCCAGCAUUCUCGCCUGCUGCAGAAGAUUGCCGCUUGCAAUGUGGAAGUAGAGGAGUCAAUGAUGACUUCUGAGCGCCUCAAUUCUUGUCUUUCUGAGUUGGAAGAAGCAAUGCGGAGGCAAAAGGAUGCCUAUGAAAAGGCAGUGGAGAGCAGGAACGUGACUGGGGUGCAGCUGAUAGACAGGGGUCAUAUUUCGAUCCUCGUGGCGUGUGUACUCCUCAGCGCUGAGCCUGACAUGGAGGAGUUACUAGCGAAGGAAAAGGAACUACAACAGCGCCUCAAUGCCCAGAAGGUAAAACUGCUGGAUCUCCAGCCCAGGAUUGAGGAACUAGACGAAGCUAACAAGACACAUGCGGCCAGUCCCAUAUAUGUACUGUAUGUAGAUUUGUGCAUAGCUGUCAGUAUAUGUAUUAGCUUCAGAGCAGCACAGGCACGUUCAAAAACGAAUACAAUCCACCGACACUUGGAUGCUCGCAUGCCCACAUGCAUACACAUAAAUACUAGUACUGGUGCGCACUCCACAAAUGAGCAAACACACUUGGAUGGUGAUGAUCUAUACAGCAAAACUGAGUCGGGUCGGGAAGUGGCCUUCGAGCUUAUUGAGACGUUGGGAACUUUGCAACAGCGUUUGGGGGAAAUAAGCAAAAAGGAAAGAUGCCUUCGUGCGGAGACAAUCAUGUACAAAGUGACGAAAGCCUGUGCUGUGUUGCUUUUAGACAAUGCUGCCCCAGCUAACCCGGAUGCAGGAGGAGCUGACUGA